AUGACACCACAGAUCACGAGAUGGUCUGACUUCGCACACGUAUCUGAGGAAUUCAAAUCGGCGACUCGUGAAUUUCAAUACACCAUGUUUGCUGUCGUCGACGCAGACGAUCAAGUCAUGGCCACGCUCAAACCAAUCCCCGACAGCGAGAUGUUUCCAGAAUGGCCAUUGUCUGACAGUUCUGGCGCCAAACAACUCACUCAGGCUCCGCUGUUCCCCCCCACCAACGUUCGCAUCUUCAUCAAGCGACCCAACCUUUCCCAGUACGACGUGUUCAAACGGUACAAAGUCGUACACCUCCUUGCCCAAAGCUUGUUGGAAGAGGCAUACACUAUGGAAUUUCUGUCCAAACACCCGCAUCCUAAUAUCAUCCGGUACCACGGCUGCUGUUCCCGGAGGGGCUACCUGACCGGAAUUGUGCAGGACUGCCACUCCCGGAUAAUUGACAAGAAAGCGUUUAUAGACGCGCUCGAGUCCGCUAUCCAUCACCUACAUUCACUCGGCUGGGCACACAACGACCUCAACCCGACGAACGUGUUGGUCAACGACUCAGAGUCCGGCGGUGGAAUGCCAGUCCUGAUCGACUUUGACUCGGCCCGUGAGAUCGGCAGGCUGCUAGGGACGUUCCGAGGCACGACUGGUUGGAUCGACGGCCAGAUCGAAGACUACACCACCUCUAAGAAGGAACAUGACAUAUUUGCUCUAGAGAAAAUGCGGGUCUAG